UUUUGUAUUUGUUUGUAAUGUUAAUGUCAGGUUUGUGUCAAGUUGUUAGGUUGAGUCUUACUGCAGUGGUUUUUUUUUACAUUCACUACUGAUUUAUUUCACACAAUUAAGGUAUUUUUAAUCUAAAUGGGUCUUCUGGCGAUUUUACGUAAAUUGACCUCCACCCCGGAACGAGAACUACGACUACUCCUCCUGGGCUUAGAUAAUGCGGGAAAAACUACCAUUCUUAAAAUAGUGGCUUCAGAGGAUAUCACCAACAUCACCCCGACGGCUGGAUUCAAUAUAAAAUCCGUAAUAAGUGAAGGAUUUAAGUUGAACGUUUGGGAUAUCGGCGGACAAAGGAAAAUUAGACCUUAUUGGAAAAACUAUUUCGAAAACACUGAUGUGCUGAUCUACGUCGUAGACUCAGCAGACAAAAAACGUUUGGAAGAGACUGGAAUUGAGCUCUACGAACUGUUAAGUGACGAUAAGCUGCGCAAUGUACCACUUCUUGUUUACGCCAACAAGCAAGAUCUUCCAGGAUCACUCACAGCGGCAGAUAUUGCGCAAGCUCUAGGUCUUCCAACGAUCAAAGAUCGUAAUUGGCAAAUCCAGGCUUGUAGUGCCGUAAAAGGCACAGGGGUUAGGGAGGGAAUGGAGUGGGUGUGCAAAAGCAUUAAGAAGAAGUAGCAUUAAGAAAAAUUAGUAAAUUUUAAUUCACUUGGGGGCACAAAGCAGACUACGUAUCAGGGUUGGAUAAUAUAGGAGACCUAAUAUUAGAUUUAAAAUAAUUGAUUAUAGCCGCAAUGAAAUUCUAUGGGGGUUCUAAACCAACAACCUAUUUGGCACAUUGAUUUCCUUUUUUAUAUUUUAUAUAUUUGUACUUUUUUAUAAAAUGUUCGGUAAAUUAAAAGUAUAUUCAUUAUUAUAUUGUAUAGGCUAUUGACUACAUAAGUAAUGCAUUAAAUGUAACACCUACACAUCUUUAAAAAAAUAUAUUAAUUAAUAGAAAUAUAUCUAUAGAUUGCUUCUUGA